AUGACCCCGUACAAGCUUGUGUAUGGUAAAAAUUGCCAUUUGCCGGUUGAAUUGGAGCAUCGGGCUUUGUGGGCCAUUAAAACAUUGAAUUUCGAACUUUCUUGUGCGGGUGAGCGGCGUUUACUUGACUUACAUGAGCUUGAAGAGCUAAGAAUGAAUGCAUAUGAUUCGACAAGUAUCUACAAGGCUCGUUCUAAGCAAUAUCACGACGCCCGUAUUGAUAAAAGGGAGUUCAAGGAGGGAGAGAAAGUCCUCCUCUAUAAUUCUCGUUUGAAGUUAUUCCCGGCUAAGCUCAAGUCCCGGUGGAGCGGGGCUUUUGAUGUUGUGAGAGUGUUCCCUCAUGGUGCCAUUGAGAUUCGGGGAGGAGAUUCCGGCCCCUUCAAGGUUAAUGGUCAUAGGCUCAAGCACUAUUAUAUGGGUGACUCUCUUGGUUCGUUUGCUAUCAUUGACCUACAAGACCCCCCAUGA